AAAUACAUUUGUUUAAAGAAUAAUACGAAUAGGUAUAUCAUUGAUGUUAGAUGGUUUAUUCCGUAGUAUAUUUAAUUGUUCAUUUUGUUGAAAUCAUUCGUAGCCUAUUUCAUGUAGCCUAGGCUUAGCUGUCUGUCACUUUGUUAAGCAGCUGGAGAUAAUACCUUCCAUUCUAUCAAAUACAUUGGUCAAAAGUUUUUAAUGUUUAAAAAAAAUGUUUUGUGUCAUUACUUAAUCGAAUACCAACGACAUUAUUAAAAAAAAAAAAUCGAAGUCAGAGAAUCGUUCUCAAACUCCCCCCUGCGUAAUUGUCGGAAGUGAUGGCAACCCAGCUCGUGCACCGAAUUUGAAAGUGAAUGCGCGAGUUAUUUCUCCAACCAGGCAGAGCGCUCGCCUUCAAUGGGAGAGGCUUGAAGUGACACACACAGUAAUGACGGCAGAGUGGGUGGGAGCUCAUGGGGAAAUAUUCGCUACUGCUGUGGCAUGCUGCGGCGAGUUUGGCGACACCAUUUUCGUUUCUCAAAACCAAAACGCUGUUUUGAAGACACCCCAAAAGACCGAAGGGAGGGGGCAGUGUUUCCCACUUUUGAGACAACGCUGUGCUCGCCUCACAUCUGUGUUGUUUCCCGUUGAAGCUAGAAGCGUGCGCACGCCGGGGUGAAAAGGAAAUCUCCGAUCGAAUCGGGUCCGCGGGACGAGGUCACCAAGCGCACACAUUGACGGGCCGUCGCAGCGCGAGAGCGUGAGGAACAGUAGUGUGGAUAAUGGCUGCCAGACUUAGUGAGACAGGCAUUAAAUGAAGAAGACAGAGAAGAAGAGACAACGGCGACGACAGCAGCAGCAGCAGCAGCAGCAGCAGCAGAAGCAGAAGCGAGGAGGAAGGAGAGGAUGGUGAGCCGAAGCCAAGCCAAGUACGAGUUGAUCCAGGAGGUGGGUCGAGGCAGCUACGGCGUGGUGUACGAGGCGGUGACGCGGAGCACGGGCGCACGCGUGGCCGUCAAGAAGAUCCGCUGCCACUCUCCGGAGAAUGUGGAGCUGGCGCUGCGCGAGUUCUGGGCGCUCAGCAGCAUCCAGAGCCAGCACCCCAAUGUCAUCCACCUGGAGGAGUGCGUGUUGCAGAGGGACGGCCUUGCCCAGCGCAUGAGCCACGGCUCCAGCUCCUCGCUAUACCUAGAGCUGGUGGAGACCUCUCUGAAGGGUGAGAUUGCCUUCGACCCCCAGUGCGCCUACUACCUGUGGUUCGUCAUGGACUUCUGCGACGGCGGCGACAUGAACGCCUACCUGCUGUCGCGCAAGCCCAGCCGCCGCACCAACACCAGCUUCAUGCUGCAGCUGGGCAGCGCGCUGGCCUUCCUGCACCGCAACCAGAUCAUCCACCGCGACCUCAAGCCCGACAACAUCCUCAUCUCGCAGGGCCGCACGGCCACCGGCUCGCCCGAGCCCACGCUCAAGGUGGCCGACUUCGGCCUCAGCAAGGUCUGCUCGACCUCGGGCCUCAACUCCGAGGAGCCGGCCAGCGUCAACAAGUGCUUCCUGUCGACGGCGUGCGGCACCGACUUUUACAUGGCGCCCGAGGUGUGGGAGGGCCACUACACGGCCAAGGCGGACAUCUUCGCGCUGGGCAUCAUCAUCUGGGCCAUGGUGGAGCGCAUCACCUUCGUGGACGUGGAGACGCAGAAGGAGCUGCUGGGCAGCUACGUCCAGCAGGGUGGUGAAAUCGUCCCGCUCGGGGAGGCGCUGCUAGAGAACCCCAAGAUGGAGCUGCUCAUCCCGGCGCGCAAGAAGAGCAUGAACGCCAACAUGAAGCAGCUGAUCCGCGAGAUGCUCUCCGCCAACCCGCAGGAGCGGCCCGACGCCUUCGAGCUGGAGCUGCGGCUGGUGCGCAUCGCCUGCCGUGAGCUCGACUGGGACACGUGAUGAUGGCAGGGUGCAUGAUGGGAAGGCAGAGGUCUGCUGAGUGUACAGCGCAGCUCCUCCCCCCCCCCCCCUCACACGAACCCUUUAAGGGCCUUCGGUUUCGUUUUGUUUUUUUGUCUCUUUUUUUGCCUGUAAAGAAGUGACAGCAAUGCAAAGCAUCGCCAAACAAACAUGGCGCCCCGACUCGUGUCGAGAUCAGGACUGGGGACUGUUGGCGUUAAACUAAAACAAUAAGUUGGACUUGAAGAGUGCAAAAGUCUUUUUCUUUUUGGGGGGUUUUCUUUUUUUGUUUGUUUUGAAAACGACAAUAAAAUCGAGUCUCAAACACACUCACCCACUGGUCACUGGGUGCAGGGAUCUAUGCAUCCUUUUAUUGGCUGGUUUUGAGAUAUUCUUCUUUUUGUAUAUCCAGGGAAAUGAUAAAUAUUUGGUCCUUGACAUUUCUUUGUAGUUGUGUGAGAAGAAUGGCAAGAGACGAGGGGCGUUGAUACCUAAGGUUACCCCUUAAGCACAGUGUUUUCUGAGGUGUUUUGGCUGAUUAGUGGCUGAAGCCUUCACUCUCUCUCUCUUCAGGAAUUGUUGCCAUUACAUAUUCCACCUCGCCAUUGUUGGAGGAGGAUUGCACCAGCACCCUUCCACUUUUACCUAGGAAAAUCUGUUUGAUCUCUUCUGCCUGCUCACAUCAUGUGGAUUUAAUUAGGAGAGUAGAACGCUGUCUGACAAAGGCAAUCUUCUGACUGGUCUUCCCCGGCACAUCAUGUUCCUCCUCUCCUCUCCGCUCUGCUGGGAACGUCCCCCCAUCCCCCCUUUCAAUCUGACAGCCUUGAGGUUCCUCCUUAGCUCUGGCUCGCUGUCUCGUUCGGUGCUAACUUCACUUCUAAUGCAAAACAGAAACACAGGAAAAAUUGUCUCUCUCUUGGCGUUCUUAACCACAACUUCCACCGUCACCACUACCACAGGCCAAUGACAUCCAAGCGGUUUGCCUAUCCCAAUCUUCCAUGAUCCUUUUGGACUGUGACUUCUGACCGGCAGUUCGUUUUACUGGAUUGGUUGUCAUGACGCUGUUUUUCUUUUUUUUUCAUCUUUUUUUUAUUAUUGCUUUUGUCAUACUCUCUUGAAACAUCUGUUUCUGUAGUCAGUGGAUCUAAAACUGUAUGUUCUGUUCUAGAUGGAGUGUAGCAGUUCCCUCACUCUAAACCGGCAUUUAGUGAACUAGUUGCAUUAAACUGGUAUUGGUACAAAUAGCACUUAACACUUGUCUGCACCCCCUCUUUACUAAAGAAGCACCGGCUAGCAUCUGUGCCGGCUGAAAAAUAUGCUGCUGAUUUUAUUUCAUAUCAUUUUUUUAUUCUCAAACACCUCUCAUUCUUAGGGUAGUUUAAGGGGGGCAUGUUAUCAAUUCAGACAGUGGUAGGAUUGCAAAGGGCCAUGGAACAACAAAAGCGUUUUGAAAGUGCCGUGGGAAGGCGUGCGAGAGGCCAGGGCUCUACAGGCAGCCUUUGGAGUUGACCUCGUCUGAACACACGCUGAGCUUGGAGCAACUAACCUGCACGAACAGAUGACUGCUCCGCUUUUUGCCAGCUGAAGAGUGUGUGUGUGUGUGUGUGUGUGUGUGUGUGUGUGUGUGUGUGUGUGUGUGAGGGGGGCUGGGGGGCUGCUGCAGGUGUGGGCAGGGCUAAUGUGUGUGUCGAGGUGAGCAGGUGUUACGUGGCGACCUGUGCUUUUCCUGUGGCUCAGAGCCAAUUCUGCGAUCAGGGCUUCACGCGGCGUGGACGGGGGAGGGGUGUGUUUUGGGUGGGGUGUGGUGUUUGGGGUUUUUGUUUCCUGAUUGGGACAGAACACAGAUGCAGUGAUGUGAAUGUUCUAACAAAUCGCUUAACGAGGAAGAAUUUGAAGAAUUACAUUUUUUCCCCCCCAUUCCCCGCCUCUAAUUGAGUGUAAUUAAAUUCCCUGAAAGAUGGAAGAAGGGGGUUUAGCAGGCGUCAAGCAGAUUACUCACGGGAGCAUAGAAGGCCUUAUUGUUUGCCCAAACAUCCACUUCUUCAUUUUCGGACAGAGUGUGUUGCCUUGCAGAAGCCCGACAUUGCUGAACUUGAAUCUGCAAAUUUGAAGGUUAGUUUUAAAUUGAACUCGUGUGAAUAAGAGAGAGUGCUUUUGUGUGUGUGUGUGUGUGUGUGUGUGUGUGUGUGUGUGUG